CCUCCCACUUGCUUCCACCACUUUCUCUCUCCUUCUCCAAUUCUCCUCACUCUGACUCUUCCCUGUUUCAAUUUUCAAACAAUCCACCGCAUCCCUAUCCAAUUUUCACCGUUCUAACAGGAUAAUUACUCCCUCCUCUGUUGAUUCAUGCUCUCCUCUUUCCACUUCAUCGCUGUUUUUCUGCUGAAAACUUGAGCGGGAACCAAGUUGGCCAUGUUUGGACUACAUUUGAACCAGUACCCCUCGACGUUGCGCUUGCUUGCAGUUGGAGAUUUGAUUUCGCCUUUUUUUUGUAGCUAUGUUUGAUUGGAACGACGAGGAGUUAACAAACAUCAUAUGGGGUGAGGCUGGGGAAAGUGAUGAUCAUAUUGUUCCAUAUCCUGACCAAGUCGAGGAGAAACCUUCAAUUUUAUUUGGAGACCCCCCUAAGAAAGAAAAAAAUCCGCAUACUUCAAAUACUAGCGCCCCUGAAGUGAAAAAUCCUCCUGCCACACAUGAACAUGGGGUUGAACUAGAUAGUAAUUGCUGUAAUGAUUCUGGUGAUCGCACAACAGAAGUUGAUCAUACUUCAUGGUCUGAUUGCCCUAAUCCAUCAUCAUCAAAUGUUCCAAAAGCUGAACAGGAUACUGCAGGUGACAUUGCAUCAGAAAACAUAACAAAAAGUUCAGAACGUGGCUCCUUAAUAGAGGAGACAUCUCAAUUCAAGAAAGAUUCUGAAAUAUUUGAAAAUCCCCCAGAAGAUGGAGAACAAGGUGACUUUGUUGACUAUGGCUGGGCCAACAUUGGAAGUUUUGAUGAUCUGGAUAGGAUAUUUAGUAAUCAAGAUCCAUUAUUUGGGAAUAUGGGCACUGGAAACGAUGAUGAGCUAUGGUCCUCUUCCAAAGAUGUAACCAGCAGCCCUCUGGGCACUACUCCUUUAUCUGGAGAUUCCACUGAUUCUCCAUUUGGAGCAUUAAGAUCCGCAAUCAAUCAAUCUGAGGUUAAGGCUGAAUACAUGCCAGAUACCAGCCAGAUGCUCGGGUACGAAAAACUCAACGAGAUCACAUCUCAUGCUCCACAAGAUGUACAGGCAAGCUUAGAUAUUAUUGAACAUUUCGGAGGUAAAAGUAACCUAUUAGGGAAACAAAAGUCUCCAGCAACGAGUGGGAUUAUCCAAGCACGCCUAGCACAACAUAAUGAUAGAAUUGCCGCUACCCCCACUAACUUCCCAGGCAAAUUGUUUUUGCGUGUUCAGGGUAACAGGCAAAAGAGGUCACUGAAGGGUCAGAAGUUGGACAACAAGAAUGAAGUCAGAAACCUUCGUAACUUAAGUGGCACAUGGUCCUCAUCUGGAAGCACGUUGCAACAAGUUAAUGGCCAGUGUGUACCAUCAGUGAUCAACCCAGGUCCACCUUUGGUGCUAACUCAGCAAAGCUCACUUCCGAGGCCUGAGCUGUUUCAACAAAAUUAUUUACCACGUGCACCUUUAGGUACUCCUUUGUAUGGGAGUAUGAAUCACCAUCCUAUGACUUCUGUCUUUCCACAGUUUCAUCCUGGGGAUGAAAGCCAUGAUUUAAUGUCUUCUAGCUAUGAAGCCCCUCCUUCCAGUUCAAAUUCAAUAAAGAAUUCGGACGAUGCUGCAGGGAAGCCUCCAGCAAUGACACCAAGAGAAAAAAUUGAAAAGUUAAGGAGGAGGCAGCAAAUGAGAGCAAUACUUGCUAUUCAGAAACAGCAGCUGCAAUUUGGUAACCAGGUAUCAGCUUCUGAAAUUUCUGGCAUGGAAGGAGGGGAAGUCGAGGUUAAUGAAAGUCUUGGGUCUUUUCCUUCCCUUGAACCAAGCUCGCCUGGCGAACAGUAUGAUUCAAAUACAAUCAGCGCAACCUUUGAUAAUUUCUCAGUGGAGGAAUCAGUGCUCUAUCAGCUUCAAGAUAUCAUAGCUAAAUUGGACAAUAAGAUAAGACUUUGCAUCCGAGACAGCUUAUCUCGACUUGCCCAAAGUGCUUUGCAGAGGCAAAACCAUAAUGAUACAAGCAGUACCUGCACAAGCAGCAGAGAUGAAGUUCUCGGUAACAAAGAUUUAGUUGGCCAUGACAGGUUUUCUAGAACAGCUGAUGCGGAGACGGAUACAAAUCCAAUAGACCGGGUGGUGGCGCAUUUGCUCUUCCACAGGCCACUUGACUUUUCUGGAAAACCUUCUGAUGCACCUGACUCACCUUUGUCUCCCAACCUACCAUUUGAAAAGAAAGCAAAUCCGACAGUGAGCUUAACCAAGGGUCGUUUUGCUGAGAGCUUUGGGAACACUCAGAUUACAUCUCCACAGGGAUCAAAAUCAGCAGGCACAUUUUCUGAAAGCAACCAGUCCAAAAACUUUCCUGCUUUUGCCACUCAUGAGACUGUGCCGAACACUGAAAAUACUGGGGUACAGACAAAGGUUGAAACCUCCAACCGAAGAAUAGCUGAGUGAAAACCAUUUUGAUAUGGUUAUUUCCUUCCCUUAUCUAUUCCAUGAAUUGUAGUAUGUAAUAUAUACCUUAGUAUCGAUACUCUAGCAAUGAGUCGCUUACUUCUCAUGUCAGCCAUUUGGUUUUAUUCAAGCGUGGUUGCAGAAUAACUAGCACUUGGCACAAGUGAAGGAACUUAUGUAUUAUAGCGUGCGAUAUUUCAGGAAAUAUCGUUCACACGA